ACAUGCAAGCAGACGGCGUCGUUUCAAAUUCCUGGAUAAUAUGGGAAGUUCAACAGCUGAUCACAUCAUGAUGGUAUGGCAGCUUCCAAUCGGACGGGAGAGCGAAGAGUCGAACUAGAUGAGAUCUAUUUGUUUUACAGUUGGAGACUUGGAGUUCAUCAAGUAUAAGAGUGAACCAACUAUGUAUCCUCACGUCUUCAGCAGAUCUCUAUAAAUUGGCGUAGUAGAUUCAGAGUACAAAAUGGGUUCUACACAGUCUAUACAGGACGGCAAUGGAGGAUCCGAAAGCGAAGAGGAAGAAGAGGAGGAGGAGGAGGAGGAGGACGUUGAGGAUGUCCGCCACGAUGGUGAGCUUAGGCGAAAAAUCGAUCCCAAUCUGGUGAAGAGGGUUCUAGAACAGGAGCCGGAGAUGCUCCCCUGCCACGCCUCUGCUUCGCCGCUCUCUCCUCAGCUCUCGACACUGGGUACGCCGCGGCUCGGGCCAUCAAUUAAGGUGUGGGACCCGUACAACGUGCUAGCACCGCCACCGCCGCUCCCGCCCCCUCCCGUGUUUUCGCGGAGCUUCUCGAUGGACGAGGAUCAUCAUCAGCAUAAUCGAACGGUCACAGAGGUUUAUUUGAUCAGUCACGGCGAGUGCGAGCUUAAUUUAAGAUCGGAUUUGGUGGGCGGGAGAUGCCCGGCGGCUUCCUUGACGGCCAAUGGGAAGCGUCAAGCGAGAGCGCUUGCAGUGUUUUUGAACUCCCAGAGGGUGACGUUUCAUGCAGUAUACUCAUCGCCGUUGGAUCGUGCUCGAUCAAUGGCUGUUUCAGUUUGUCAGGAGAUGAAUUUUGCAGAGGAACAUAUCCAAUCCUCUAAUUCACUUAUGGAGAUGAGUUUGGGUAACUGGGAGGGGUGCCUUUGUUCAGAAAUAUACACGCCCGAAACUCUAAGUUUAAUUGAUUGUAUCCAGCCAGAUUUUUGUGCACCAUCUGGAGAGUCACUUCGUCAAGUAGAAUAUAGAAUGGUUCAGUUCUUAAAUGAGACUGUUCUGGGAUUACAUGGGAAGUUGAGAUCGGAUUUUGCUUCAAAUCAUCAUAAUGAGAGCCGAGGGUACUCACAACCAAACUCCCAUGCUCUAACCAACUCGAUUCAUGACCAAGAUGGUCAGUCUCAACAACCACCCCACUGGGAUUUGAUCCAUCGACGGCAAGGGCUUACAAGGAAGAAGUCUGGUAAGAGCAGGCUACAAGUUGUGACUACUAUUGGAGAUCUUGAGGCUGAGGAUGAGAUCUCUCCCCAGGAAGUGAACCACCGUGAUUUAAGUGAAAGAAGCUCCUCAUCUGCAGUCUCGUCUUGUUUCGGCAUUUUCAGUCAUUCGGUGCCUAUUAAGUGUCUCGUUACUGGCCUCCUUGGGUGUAGCCCAGUAAUGAUGCAUAAAAUUUGCAUAGAAGAUUCUUCAGUAACGGUGCUACAGCAUUCGUGGAGAACAGGAUGGCAGAUAAAACGGUUAAAUGAUACAGCGCAUCUUAGGCUUCUCUGAAUCCUCACAUAGAAAUCUCUGGUGGAAAAGCAAGCUUUUAAUUAUUCGCUAAAGAGUGGAAUUAUCGUAAUUUAUAGUUCAAUUAGGUCAUAAACAAGUAAAAUUUCUUCCCAUCGUCGCAACUUUUGGCAUUUAUUUCAGAUUUUCCAGCUUCAAUGACAAAGAAGAACUGGGGUUGGAUCUUUGUAUGAGUUAUUCUUUGUAUGUGUAGCAUUUAUAAUUGCUCAACUUGUAAGCAUAUUGUCUGUAUUUGGAGGAAAAUAGACUUGUUUUUCCUUCUGAUUUAUGAAUUUUUUUUUUUUACUGGUGCGGCCUCCUACCAGUAGAGGGGCGAGGAAUGCAAGAUGUACUCUCAGCCACUAGAUCAACGGUGGGAGGUCGACUUUAGCGAAACUGCGUUUAAUGCUUGUUCCUCGAAUAUAAAUUGUGUACCUAAUGUCUACUUAUACAGCUUUAUUUAACUGA